UGAAAUAGGUUAAUUAGACAAUUGACAGGGUUUUAAAUUUAUUCCCUGAUUGAUUUAAUAAUAAUUAAAUCACAGAUCACUGUUGAACCAUGUUAAAACUGUUAAUUCUCAUUUAAAAUGGUUUCUACUUGUGCAGUUCAUGGUUGCACCAAUAAAUAUCGUAACAAUAAGAAAAUAUCAUUUCAUAUAUUCCCAAAAAAUCCGAUAAUUCUGGAAAAAUGGUUACUUUCUAUGAGGAGAGAAAAUUUAAUUCCUAGCAAAGGCACGAGACUAUGUUCAGAACAUUUUCUUCCUGAAGAUUUCGUUGUUAAUUUUGGAAGGAAAACUUUAAAACAUGAUGCUGUUCCUAGCAUUUUCAACUUUUCAGAGCACCUAAUAUCGAAGCCAACACCUUCCAGUCCUACAGUUCACGAUAUGACAAAUACUAGAGAACUUGAAUGGAAUGUGGGUAAUAUGCAAGAAACUGCCUCAGCAAGUAAUGAUGUUUGUGAAGUAAUGAAUGACAGUCAAGAUAUAAAAGAUAUGAUUAAAGUUGAAUAUAGUGAUAAUAAUAUCGAAGAAACUGCUUUGGGUAAUAAUGUUUGUGAUAUGAUGAAUGACCCUCUGGAUAUAAAAGAUAUAAAGGAUAUUGUUAAAGUGGAAUAUAGUAUAGAUAAUAUAGAUGAAACUGCUUCAGCAAGUACUCAUAAUUUUGGAGUAAUGAAUGCCAAUCAUCAGGAUGUAACAAAUAUAGUUGAAGUUAAAUGUAGUGUGGAUAAUAUCAAAGAAAAUGCUUUGGCUAGUGAUCAUUUUUGCAGUUCAAUGAAUUCCAGUCAGGAUAUAUCAGAUAUCGAAGAUGAUGAAUGUAGUGUAGAUAAUUUUCAAGAAAAUGCCUUGGAUAAACCUGAUUUCUCCAAUCAAUCAAUUGAACCCAAAUGUAAAAGAAAACGAAAUGUACCUGCUUAUGUUGGCGACAUAGAACCUAGUGAUCUAGAAAAACCUGAAAAAUUCAAGUUGAUGUGGGAAAUUGCUACUAAAACUAUUACAAGACAGAGAAAAACGAUCAAAUAUUUACAAACAAAACUAAGAAGAUCCACCAAGAAAAUAGACACUUUAUCUGAGCUCAUAACUCAUUUGAAGAAUGGAAAUAAAAAGAGCACAAAAUGACAUUCAAUGCCUAUAAUUGUAAUUUGGUAAAAAAAAUUCAGUAGCUGUAUUGAAUCGAUCUCAAGAGGCACUUAAUUCAGUUAAAUUGAAAUAACAACAAUUCAGGAUUCAAAGAUAUGAAUUCUUGUGUUCACAUAUAAUGGAUGAAAUAUUUAUAACAUGAGAAUUGCCAAGGUGCUACAAACAUUGAACAUGUGG